AUAGUUUGUUAGUUGCAGCCAAAAAUAAGUGUACUCUAUGCAUUCUUAAGAAGCAACCUGAAGAAGAAAAGUAUUGUAUUUUUCUCCAGUUGUAAAGAGGUUCAGUAUCUAUAGCGAGUGUCUUGCCGGCUAUGUUCUGGUAUUUCUAUCCUUGCUCUGCAUGGUCGACAGCAGCAGAUGAGAAGAAUGGAAACCUAUAAUGAAUUUGUUCGCAAGAGAGCUGCAGUACUCUUUGCUACUGAUGCUGCAGCCAAGGGACUGGAUUUCCCAGCUGUGAAUUGGGUUCUUCAGUUUGAUUGUCCUGAAGAUGCCAACACAUGUAUUCACCAUGCAGGUAGAAAUGCCAGGUAUAAAGAGGAUGGGGAAGCUUUACAGAUUUUGUUGCCCUCAGAAGAGAAAGGGAUGGUGCAGCAGCUCCUCCAGAGGAAAGUGCCUGUGAAGGAAAUCAGAAUCAAUCCAGAAAAACUUAUUGAUGUCCAGAAAAAAAUGGAAUCAUUUUUAGAUCAAGAUUUAAAAGAAAGAGCUCAAAGGUGUUUUGUUUCCUAUAUGCGUUCAGAAUAUCUGAUGAGGGAUAAAGAAAUAUUUGAUGUGAGCAAGUUACCUAUACCUGAAUAUGCCCUGUCUCUUGGUCUUGCUGUGGCACCAUGGGUAAGAUUUCUUCAGAAAAUGCAGAAACAACCAACCAAAGAAUUGAUAGUGAGCCAAGAUAAAAAAGUAAGUGAGCCAAGGGCCCCCUCCCUCACCAAUGAUGAAGUGGAGGGAUUUAGAGCCUACUUCAGUGAGAAAAUGUCCAUCCUUCAGAAAGGUGGGAAAAGACCAGAAGGGACAGAAGACGGACUGGCUAAUGGCAUUAGUGAUGAAGAGGAAGAAGCAAAGGAAGGUGAAGAAGAAGUGGAAGAGAAACUGGGAAAAGCAAACGGGUAUCAGCCUCAUUCUGGCCUUAGCACUGAUGAGCCACAGAAGCAGAACGAAGCUCGCAUGCAGUUCUUGGACAGAGAUGAUGAUAAUGAGGAAGAAGAAGAUGAACUUGGUGCUGAUUUCUUUAAGGUGAAGCAACACAAUGUGUUUGGGUUGGACCUUAAAGAGAAUAAAGCAUUACAAAAGAAAGAAUAUUCUAAAUCAAGUGUCAAGAAAAAAGUGACCAAAGUCGCAGAAGCAAAAAAAGUAAUAAAGAAAAAUUUUAAAGUAAGAAAAUAACGUUUACUGAUGAAGGGGAGUUGGUUCAGCAGUCACCACAGAUUCAGAAAUCUGUCAUGAAGGAUACUGAGGAAGAGGAUGACACUGGUGGUAUCAAUUUGGAUAAAGCAAAGGAAAGGCUUCAAGAAGAGGACAAAUUUGACAAAGAAGAAUAUAGAAAGAAAAUUUAGUCAAAGAAUCAGGAGGAAAGAUUGAAAGAAAGGGAAGCCAGAAGAGGCAAGCAAAGGCCAAAGAUGAAGAAGAAGCCUUUCUGGAUUGGAGUGAUGAUGACAAUGAUGUAUUUGAUCCAAACACACUUCCAGAUCCAGAUAAGUACAGAAGCUCUGAAGAAUCAGAUAGCGAAGAAAUGGAAAAUAAUAUUAGUGAUACCAAGAAGAAGCAGGGGACAAGGAAAAGGAACAACAGUGAAGUGGAGAACAUGGGACUCACAAGUCGUAGGAGAAAGAAGGCCAAGUGUGAAGUCUUAGAGCCGUUGGAUACGGGCCUGUCUUCGGCAGAGGAUGAAGAACUGCUGUUACAUCUGCUCAAAAGUCAAAGAUAAAUAUUUCCUGCUCUGUCUUCUUGAAACCUCCGGUCAUUGUCAUGUGGACAAGAAGUUGAAAAGCUGUCGGCUUUGGGGAAGUUAGAUAAUGUGAGUCCUAGGCCCAAAGGAUGCAUUCCAGGCAGAAGUGAAAGUAUCUAAGUCCCUUUCACAGCAAACUCAGAGUGAGGGGGUGGAUCCUGAAUGUCUUGAUCCCUUUUCCAGCAUGUGCUCUGGUAGAUUGUCCUCUUGGGCUUUAUCCUGUGACAUCUUGUCACUGGAAAUGCUUGCUUUGUUUUAAUAGCAAGAUCUGGAGACACUGUUUCAUUGUUAGGAAUUUCUUCUUAUCUUACAAAAGUGUCUGUGCUGUUACAUAAAAUUGCUCGCAUUUUUGAUUAUUUAAUAUCUUUAAAGAG